GCCCUCAUCUUCUUACCGCAACCAUCGAGCAAGCCCGCGAUGUCGACCCCUGUGACGAAGAAAAUGCCGUACGUUCGUCUGGGUAACUCCGGGCUCAAGGUUUCUAAGAUCAUCCUGGGAUGCAUGUCCUACGGCACCCCCGAUUGGCAGCCGUGGGUCCUUCCGGAAGCGGAGGGUAUCAAGCACAUCAAGCUCGCCUACGACGCCGGCAUCAACGCCUUCGACACCGCAAACGUCUAUUCCAAUGGGGAGUCGGAGAUCAUCCUUGGCAAGGCCAUCAAGGAGCUCAAGCUUCCGCGGGACGAGAUCGUGGUGUUGACGAAGGUCUUCUUCACCGUCGCCCAUAGCCCGAGCGAACGCCUGUUUGGCGUCAGCAGUGCGGAGGUCGAUCAGCGGGGGUACGUCAAUCAGCACGGGCUGUCGCGCAAGCAUAUAUUCGACUCGGUCAAGCGGUCUCUCGAACGCCUGCAACUCGACUACAUCGACGUCCUCCAAUGCCAUCGCUUCGAUCCCGACACGCCGAUCGAGGAGACGAUGCAGGCGCUGCACGACGUCGUCAAGGCGGGUUACGUGCGCUACAUCGGCAUGUCAUCGUGCUGGGCUUGGCAAUUCAGCGUCAUGCAAAACUACGCGAUCGCGAACCACCUCACUCCCUUCAUCUCGAUGCAAAACCAUCACUCGGUCAUCUACCGCGAGGAGGAGCGCGAGAUGUUCCCCACCCUGAAGCAUUUCGGCGUUGGAAUCAUCCCGUGGAGCCCGCUCGCGCGAGGAUUGGUCACGCGUCCGCUCGGUGAGCAGACUAAGCGGCACACGUCAGACGCGACCAUCCACCAGUACCUCGGCGGAAGCACGGAGGCCAUCGUGUCGAGGGUCGAAGAGAUCGCGAAGAAGCGCGGGAUCAGCAUGGCGCAGGUCGCGGCCGCGUGGUCGAUGCAGAAGGAGGGCGUUACUGCGCCCAUUAUAGGUUCGACAAGCAUCAAGAACCUCGAGGAGCUCAUUGCGGCUGUCGACAUCAAACUGACGGAGGAAGAGGUCAAAUACCUCGAAGAGCCUUACACGACGAGGAGCGUCAUCGGACAUGCGUAAGGAGCCUACAUGCCUGCGAAGUCGUCGGCAGCACGAACGCGAACAGACGUGGAUGCGUAGGCGGGCGACGAGCCUGUGUAGGAUUACGUGGGUUGUCAGGUCCAUGUUGGUCGUGACCCUACGUACGAGUGCCAGUAAAGAGAAGAUAUCACACAGCAAUGUAUUUCUAUACUAUAUGACACCCUCACUUCGUCAC